AUGCGGCUGUGGAGCGGGCAGGUGCCGGGCGCCCCCGCUCGCUGGGCGCUGCUCCUGCCCCCGCUGGCCCUGCUGGCCGCAGCCCUGGCCCUGCGAGAGGCCGCCCGGCCCUGCCCCGCCGACGGGCCCCGUGACCGCAGGCGCCUGUACCGCGCCCUGGAGCUGCCCCCCGGCCGCGGCAUCAACUGCUCGGGCAUCGUCCGCGGAGACCGCAGGGCCAUCGAGGAGGCGCAGCUCCGCAACCUGGAGGUGGCGAACAGGAGGGCUCCGCUGACGCCCGGCCACUACCUGAACAUGACGAGGGACUGCAGCGCCUUCAGGCAGACCCGGCGCUUCAUCGAGUUCCCGCUGAGCCAGGAGGAGGCGGAGUUCCCCAUCGCCUACUCCAUUGUCAUCCACAACAAAAUCGAGAUGGUCGAGCGGCUCCUGCGCCGUCCCUCUACGCCCCCCCAGAAAACGUCGUACUGCCGUGCACGUGACAGCAAGUCCCCGGCCGCCUUCCAGGAGGCCGUGCGGGCCAUCGCAGGCUGCUUCCCCAACGUCUUCGUGGCCAGCCGCCUGGAAAACGUGGUCUACGCCUCCUGGUCCCGGCUGCAGGCCGACCUCAACUGCAUGCGGGACCUGCUGCGGAGCCCCGUGCCCUGGCGGUACCUGCUCAACACCUGCGGCACCGACUUCCCCAUCAAGACCAACGCCGAGAUCGUGCGCGCCCUGAAGGUGCUGCAGGGCCGGAACAGCCUGGAGUCGGAGAAGCCCUCGGCGGCCAAGCGGGCGCGCUGGCAGUUCCACCACGAGGUGGGGAAGGCCAUCUCCCGGACCGACAUAGAGAAGCUGCCGCCGCCCCUCAACUGCCCCAUGUUCACGGGCAACGCGUACAUCGUGGUGACACGGGGCUUCGUGCGGCACCUCUUCGAGAACCCCACGGCACAGAAGUUCCUCGAGUGGUCCAAGGACACCUACAGCCCUGACGAGCACGUGUGGGCCACCCUGACCCGCAUGCCGGGCGUGCCGGGGGCCGUGCCCCACAACGACAAGUUCCAGCUGUCGGACAUGAACGCCCUUCCCCGCCUGGUCAAGUGGGAGUACCUGGAGGGCGACCCCAGCAAGGGCGCGCCGUACCCGCCCUGCACCGGCCGCCACCAGCGCUCCGUCUGCAUCUACGGGGCGGGCGACGUGCCCUGGAUGCUGCAGCAGCACCAUCUCUUGGCCAACAAGUUCGACCCCGAGGUGGACGAUGCCGCAAUCCUGUGCCUCGAGGAGCACCUGCGCCACAGGGCCGCUCUAUGCGGCCGCGGGUGCUCUGAGGGGACCGCGGGACCCCCGCCAGCACCUAGCGCCUCCCGGGCCAGCCCCUGCCGCCCUCACCGGGCCAGCCCGCCGCCUGCUCCCGGGCCAGAACAUGGCCACCUCCUGGGCGAGCCCCGCCGAGGGCGCCGCGGGGACACCGGGAGGGGAUCCCUCUGA